UCACUUACUGCUUGACGAGUUGGAGGCUUGUAGGGAUAUAUGGGCAAAGAAGUGGGCUGUAAAGGAAAUUUUCACUCCCUUCAACCAGAGCCCGGAUACUUUAAUGGCCUCUCGCCCUCUCACUCUCUCUGUCGCUCUGUUCCAGACUUUCAGCAACCUCCCAUCCUUCUCAAAUGACAGGGCAUGUUGGUUCAUCUCCUGUAACCAUCAGUUCUCGCCUUCUCUGAGAUAGAAGUUUCUGAUAGACCGCUGGAGCUGUUUUUCCGACUAGCUGGGGAGGCCCUCCUUCUCUCUUUCUUCUAGUUCCAUCUACUUUGUGUAAUAUAUUCUUCGCCAAAUGGCAAGUGCCGGCGGAAGCGGGUUCGAGUUUUCUGGUGAGGGUUAUGAGGGUCUCGACAUGGGGGAAAUAAUGGGGGAGGAGGAUGAUUUUAUUUACGGGAAUGCCGGUGAAGAUGUGGGGUUUCAGAGAAUGGGGAUGAGCGGCAGUGAUUCGUCCUCCACGACGUCUUCGAGCAGCAAUGGUCCAUCGGCGUCUUUGGUGAGGACGGAAACGGGAGAGCCGGCGGCGGAGCACAGAAGAAGGACGGUGAGCUCUGUUUCCUGCGGCUCGCCGGAGAAUGGUAAAUGUCCGGCGAGUUCGAAGAAGGCCAAGACGGUGUCCGGUGGCCAUUUGAAGGUGAAGAAGGAGAAGCUGGGUGAGAGAGUUACCGCGUUGCAGCAGCUUGUUUCGCCGUUUGGGAAGACCGAUACGGCCAGUGUUCUUCACGAGGCGAUGGGUUACAUCAAAUUUCUUCAUAACCAAGUUCAGGUAUUGAGCUCGCCGUAUAUGCAACGAACACCCACAACUCAACAUCAGGAGGGCGGGAGAGAGGGAGGGGAGGAGCUCAGGAACGAAUUGAGAAGCCGGGGACUCUGCUUGGUGCCUGUUGAGUGUAGCCUCCGCGUCGCUAGUAGCAAUGGUGCCGACUUAUGGGCUCCAGCGAUAGCCAGAAAUAGUCGUAACUCGUCCAGUGUCUGAAACACCUCUCUCUCUUUCUCUGUGUUUCUGAGAAUCUAGUUUUCUGGUAGAAAGAGGAAAGUGGAUUCGACGGUUUUGUUGUACAAAAAGAAGAAGGAAAGAGAAGACAAUAAAAGAAAAAAAAUAGAAUCUGAUCA